AUGGAGACAGAGAGUCCCUGGCUCCACCAGUGCCCAUGCCUCAGUCAGCCCCAGGCCUCAGGCCUGUUCUGGUGCUGGGAGCUGGAGUGGAGAAGGGUGGGGUGGAGACACAACUUUUCCUGGGAUGGGCUUGUGUGGGCAUUAAUGCCAACUGAUGACGAGGCUGGGAAGGGAGUCACAUAAAUAAUAAUAAUUUGGUGGGUGCUUAUACAGUGGGGGAAAAAAGUAUUUAGUCAGCCACCAAUUGUGCAAGUUCUCCCACUUAAAAAGAUGAGAGAGGCCUGUAAUUUUCAUCAUAGGUACACGUCAACUAUGACAGACAAAUUGAGGGAAAAAAAUCCAGAAAAUCACAUUGUAGGAUUUUUAAUGAAUUUAUUUGCAAAUUAUGGUGGAAAAUAAGUAUUUGGUCACCUACAAACAAGCAAGAUUUCUGGCUCUCACAGACCUGUAACUUCAUCUUUAAGAGGCUCCUCUGUCCUCCACUCGUUACCUAUAUUAAUGGCACCUGUUUGAACUUGUUAUCAGUAUAAAAGACACCUGUCCACAACCUCAAACAGUCACACUCCAAACUCCACUAUGGCCAAGACCAAAGAGCUGUCAAAGGACACCAGAAACAAAAUUGUAGACCUGCACCAGGCUGGGAAGAAUGAAUCUGCAAUAGGUAAGCAGCUUGGUUUGAAGAAAUCAACUGUGGGAGCAAUUAUUAGGAAAUGGAAGACAUACAAGACAACUGAUAAUCUCCCUUGUUCUUUGGCUCCACGCAAGAUCUCACCCCGUGGGGUCAAAAUGAUCACAAGAACGGUGAGAAAAAAUCACAGAACCACACGGGUGGACCUAGUGAAUGACCUGCAGAGAGCUGGGACCAAAGUAACAAAGCCUACCAUCAGUAACACACUACGCCGCCAGGGACUCAAAUCCUGCAGUGCCAGACGUGUCCCCCUGCUUAAGCCAGUACAUGUCCAGGCCCAUCUGAAGUUUGCUAGAGUGCAUUUGGAUGAUCCAGAAGAGGAUUGGGAGAAUGUCAUAUGGUCAGAUGAAACCAAAAUAGAACUUUUUGGUAAAAACUCAACUCGUCGUGUUUGGAGGACAAAGAAUGCUGAGUUGCAUCCAAAGAACACCAUACCUACUGUGAAGCAUGGGGGUGGAAACAUCAUGCUUUGGGGCUAUUUUUCUGCAAAGGGACCAGGACGACUGAUAUGUGUAAAGGAAAGAAUGAAUGGGGCCAUGUAUCGUGAGAUUUUGAGUGAAAACCUCCUUCCAUCAGCAAGGGCAUUGAAGAUGAAACGUGGCUGGGUCUUUCAGCAUGACAAUGAUCCCAAACACACCGCCCGGGCAACGAAGGAGUGGCUUCGUAAGAAGCAUUUCAAGGUCCUGGAGUGGCCUAGCCAGUCUCCAGAUCUCAACCCCAUAGAAAAUCUUUGGAGGGAGUUGAAAGUCCGUGUUGCCCAGAGACAGCCCCAAAACAUCACUGCUCUAGAGGAGAUCUGCAUGGAGGAAUGGGCCAAAAUACCAGCAACAGUGUGUGAAAACCUUGUGAAGACUUACAGAAAACGUUUGAUCUGUGUCAUUGCCAACAAAGGGUAUAUAACAAAGUAUUGAGAAACUUUUGUUAUUGACCAAAUACUUAUUUUCCACCAUAAUUUGCAAAUAAAUUCAUAAAAACUCCUACAAUGUGAUUUUCUGGAUUUUCUUUUCUCAUUUUGUCUGUCAUAGUUGACGUGUACCAAUUACAGGCCUCUCUCAUCUUUUUAAGUGGGAGAACUUGCACAAUUGGUGGCUGACUAAAUACUUUUUUCCCCCACUGUAUUUGUCCUAUUUCAAAUGUCAAUUGGAAAUUAGUUUUUUGCAUAUCGCAUGAGACACCCUCAGAGAGUGGAUGACCCUGGAGCAAUUAGGAUUAAGUGCCUUGCUCAAGGGCACAACAACAGCUUUUUCACCUUGUCGGCUCAGGGAUUUGAACUAGCAGCCUUUUGGUUACUGGCCUAAUGAUGUAACCGCUAGGCUACCUGCCGCCCAAACAAUCUGCUGAUGAUAAUACUGCUCAGGAAAGUCUGUAAACUCUCUGAGUCAUACAUGCUGUUCUCUAGAACUGUAUACAGUACAGUAGGCAUUGAAAUAUACUGAACAAAAAUAUAAACACAACAUGCAACAUUGACAAAUAUUUUACAGAGUUCUAGUUCAUUUAAGGAAAUCAAGUCAAUUUAAAUAAAUUCAUUAGACCCUAAUCUAUGGAUUUCACAUGACUGGGAAUACAGAUAUGCAUCUGUUCGUCACAGAUACCUUAAAAAGAAAAGUAGGGGCAUGGAUCAGAAAACCAGUCAGUAUCUGGUGUGACCACCAUUUGCCUCAUGCAGCGCGACACAUCUAUUUUGCAUAGAGUUGAUCAGGCUGUUGAUUGUGGAAUGUUGUCCCACUCCUCUUCAAUGGCUGUGCAAAGUUGCUGGAUAUUGGCGGGAACUGGAACACGCUGUCAUACACAUCGAUCCAGAGCAUCCCAAACUACUCAAUGGGUGACAUGUCUGGUGAGUAUGCAGGCCAUGGAAGAACUGGGACAUUUUAAGCUUCCAGGAAUUGUGUACAGAUCUUUGUGACAUGGGGCCGUGCAUUAUCAUGCUGAAACAUGAGGUUAUGGCGGUGGAUGAAUGGCACGGUAUCUCUGUGCAUUCAAAUUGCCAUAGAUAAAAUGCAAUUGUGUUCGUUGUCCGUAGAUUAUGCCUGCCCAUACCAUAACCCCACUGCCACCAUGGGGCACUCUGCUCACAAAGUUGACAUCAGCAAACCGCUCACCCACACAAUGCCAUACACGUGGUCUGCGGUUGUGAGGCCGGUUGGACGUACUGCCAAUUUCUCUAAAAAGAUGUUGGAGGAGGCUUAUGGUAGUGAACUUUCAAUUCUCUGGCAACAGCUCUGGUGGACAUUCCUUAACCCUUAUCCUAACCCUAAACUUAACCAUUACCCUAACCCUAACCCUAGCCCUAACUCUAACCUUAACCCUUACCAACCCAUUACAUUCAAUUUUCCUUGAGCGGAUUGUUCGGGGGGCCAGAACAUGGUUAUAAAUCAUUUGUACGCUGCAAAUUGACAGCAACAAUCCCAAAUAGAUUUAGUAUUUGACAAAAACAGAAUAGUUUCAAAGCUUGAUUACAUUGGAAUACGAUCACAUAUGCCUCUCUAUUUAUCUGUGGGAAUACCUGGGAACAGAUUUUGUAAAUAAAAAUAACUUUGAGCUGGUUUUCUGGUGAUUUUCCAGUAAUCAUUAUUAUACAGUGCUUUCGGAAAGUAUUCAGACCCCUUGACUUUUUCCACAUUUUGCCUUAUUCUAAAAUGUAUUAAAUAGUUUUCCCCCCUCAUCAAUCUACACACAAUACCCAUAAUGACAAAGCGUAACAGGUUUUUAGACAUUUUUGCACAUUUAUAAAAAAUAAAAACAGAAAUAGCUUAUUUACAUAAGUAUUUAGACCCUUUGCUAUGAGACUCUAUAUUGAGCUCAGGUGCAUCCUGUUUCCAUUGAUCAUCCUUGAGAUGUUUCUACAACUUGAUUGGAGUCCACCUGUGGUAAAUGAAAUUGAUUGGACAUGAUUUGGAAAGGCACACCCCUGUCUAUAUAUGGCCCACAGUUGACAAUGCAUGUCAGAGCAAAAAAACAAGCCAUGAGGUCGAAGGAAUUGUCUGUAGAGCUCUGAGACAGGAUUGUGUUGAGGCACAGAUCUGGGGAAGGGUACCAAAAAAUGUCUGCAGCAUUGAAGGUUCCCAAGAACAAAGAGGCCUCCAUCAUUCUUAAAUGGAAGAAGUUUAGAACCACCAAGACUCUUCCUAGAGCUGGCCGCCUGGCCAAACUGAGCAAUCGGGGGAGAAGAGCCUUGGUCAGGGAGGUGACCAAGAACCCAAUGGGAACUCUGACAGAGCUCUAGAGUUCCUCUGUGGAGAUGGGAGAACCUUCCAGAAGGACAACCAUCUCUGCAGCACUCCACCAAUCAGGCCUUUAUGGUAGAGUGGCCAGACGGAAGCCACUUCUCAGUGAAAGGCACAUGACAGCCUGCUUGGAGAUUCCAAAAAGCACCUAAAGGACUCUCAAACUAUGAGAAACAAGAUUCUCUGGACUGAUGAAACCUAGAUGGAAUUAUUUGGCCUGAAUGCCAAGCGUCACGUCUGGAGGAAACCUGGCACCAUCCCUACGGUGAAGCAUGGUUGUGGCAGCAUCAUGCUGUGGGGAUGUCUUUCAGCGGCAGGCACUGGGAGACUAGUCAGGAUCAAGGGAAAGAUGAACGGAGCAAAGUACAGAGAGAUCCUUGAUGAAAACCUGCUCCAGGGCACUCAGAACCUUAGUCUGGGGGCGAAGGUUCACCUUCCAACCGGACAACGACCCUAAGCACACAGCCAAGACAAUGCAGAGGUGGCUUCGGGAUAAGUCUCCGAAUGUCCUUGAGUGGCCCAGCUAGAGCCCGGACUUGAACCCGAUCGAACAUCUCUGGGGAGACCUGAAAAUAGCUGACAGAGCUUGAGAGGAUUUGCAGAGAAGAAUGGGAGAAACUCCCCAAAUAUAGGUGUGCAAAGCUUGUAGCGUCAUACCCAAUAAGACUUGAGGCUGUAAUCGCUGCCAAAGGUGCUUCAACAAAGUAAAUGUAAAUGUGAUAUUUCUGUUUUCUAAAAACCUGUUUUUGCUUUGUCGUUAUGGGGUAUUGUGUGUAGAUUGAUGAGGGGGAAAAAAACUAUUUAAUACAUUUUAGAAUAAGGCCGGUAAGAAAAUGUGGAAAAGGUAAAUGGGUCUGAAUACUUUCCGAAUGCACUGUAUUUAUUCAUUUUGCUCUGAACUUGAGGGGCCAAAUAAAAUCAGCCACGGGACGAAUUUGGCCCGUGGUCUGCCUAUUGGGGAACCCUGCCCUAACCCUUAAUAUAAACCUUACCCUAACCAUAACCUUAGCAAGCAGUUGCUUAUCAACAGAUAGUCAGUUGCUUAUCAACAGAUAGUUUGUUGAUAGUAUGACCAUCUUUAGUGCAUUUACAGAUGGACUAUCCAAAUAAAGUGUGACCGAUCUUUUUUGUAGCCUUCACUUUUCAACCUUCAUUUAACUUUUUAUUUAGCUGAAUAUCCCAUAGAAAAUAAUGAUUUUGUUGCGUGUCUGAGAGACUUUUAGAAUUGGAUCUGAUCUCAGGUGGUCACAGUUAGAUGCAGUGCAUAGCACUGUAAUAAAAUCUAUCUGUUUUCUGGGAUUCCUGACAGUAAAAGUGUCUGGGCUGAGUUAUGAGUUGCUCAGAAGUGGACCAGGUGUGCUCUGUGUUCUGCGUGCCCCAUGUCCCUGGGGUGAAAUUCUCUUCGAACACACACCGACACCAUAUAGGAAACACAUAAUACCAUUAAACCUGCACACAUGUGUGCAUACCAAACGCACGCUCAAACUCAUGCAUACACUCAUUCACUCUCUCACACACACACACACACACACACAGCCAUUCAGUCCCAUAUUUUCAGGAUCUCUAGGGCUCUACUGCUUGGCUGUAACCAAUGAUGUCGCUCUAGCUCCCUCUUGCGGCCUAAUAGAAGCAGUAGCCAGAGAAGGCGAGGCCUCUCACAGGCUCAUUUUUGGGCAGCUGUGAUUGGGCUGUUUCACAUUGAAAAAAAUCCUGUCUGUGUCAGUGGGCGUUCCCUCUUUCGAGUGAGCAUGCCAGAGAUUGUUGAGGAACUGUAUGUUCUCGCGAAAGAGGGAACGCCCAUUUACACAGACGGGAACCUUGACAAUUUUUUUCCCAUGGUAAAUGGCCUUAAUGAGACAUUCAUUAUCCACCAUCAUUGGCAGUAGCUUCCUGCCAAGCUGGUACUCUUGCAUUGAGCAGUUAGGUAAUUGAAGUUGGAAGCAUUGUCAGUAAACCAUGGCACUCCCAGGUGGAUAAAGUUGAUAAAGUUUGCCAUUUGCUCUUUCCCAACGCGGUAUAAUGGUUUAUAACUGCCAUGCAUAAUUGUAGGACAUCUGGCAUCCGCGAUGGAAGUACAAGUUGGCUCUCCCCUUCUCUUCAAACGAACAAGAGAGCCAAUGCCAAACAUCUGUUACCAUGCGAACAGCAUCUCUGUCAUCAGGACUUGGGGCCGAGUCCCAGCUGAGAUAUAAAUAGCAAUCAAGAGCUAACAAGGUUGACGCAAGCGGGCAGGCAGGCAGCCUGCACAUGGAGUUAGGGCAGGGAGGUAAAUGUGAGAUUGAUAAGGAGGGACGAGUUAGUAAAAGGACAGGAAUGCUGGGAGUGUCUCAUGAUCACUCCAUUCAAACCCACAGUAUGGGAGGGGCAGGAGCAAAACCAUGACAAAUCAGAGCAUUUAUUAGCAUCUGUCAUGAUGACUGUAGCAACCUUCCACCAUGGGCACCAGAAUUAGAACAGUUAGGUCAUUACUGUACAUAAAUAAGAUUGAGGAAGUGAAGACAUACAGGUGUGUGUGUAUUCUGAACAUCUGGGGUGUAUUCAGUAAGGUAAAACGUAACAGAUACUGUAGAAUGAAAUUAAUAGAGCUGACUUGAUUCCUAGUUCUACAUGACAGACAAUCAUAUCGGUUCUACACAAUACAUUUCAAUACAUUUCAUCAUUGUAUUUUCUAUCAGAAAGUAGGCUGGCCCUCCUUGAAGUCUUGUAGAUCGAUGCAUUGCGCUAUUUUUAUCUAUAAAGCCCUCUUGCAUAAACUUCUGCCAUACCUUUACCUCAUUGUUAACCUUCAGAUGUAUAAGUUACCAGACCCGGACACUCAGGGAUGGCUAACCCUGGAGAUCCCUUCAAUCUCUACCAAGUUAGGUAAAUCUGCUUUGUGGAAUGAUCUCCAAAAGUCCUUAAAGUUGGUGGAGUUGGUGCCUCUAGGGCAGGGGUCAUCAACUACAUUCAGCGCGGGCCGAUUUUUUUCUUGAGCAGAUGGUCGGGGGGCCAGAACAUAAUUAUAAAUAAUUUGUACUCUGCAAAUUGACGCAAGAAGCCCAAACAGAUAUUGUAUUUGACAAAAACAUAAUCAUUUCAAACCUUGAUUACAUUGGUACACCAUCACAUAUAUCUCUCUAUUUCUGAGUGGAAAUACUUGGGAAUAGAUUUCCAAAAUAAUUGUAUUGGUUAAUUUCUAGUGAUUUUAGUAUUUUGUGUCCAAAAUGUAAAAAAAAAGAUAUGUUCUUUAACAUUGCACCCAACUGAACUGGCCCCGGGAGGUAGUUUCUGUCACAUAGAGCCCUCCCUUUCCGACCUUGACUGUUCCUAUUCAUGUGGACGUGUCCAGCUCUUUGUCUGUCUAUUCGCUUAAAUAACGUUUUCCCCAACCAGGCUCAUCUCUUUCUUUAGUUGUGGUGAUUUUUCAGCUUAGAACAGUCUCUUCAAUGCCAAUCCACCCUUGAUGAAGCAAUGUUUUGGAAACAACAUGAAUUAAAAUCCUGGAAGUGAAAGGAAUAUAGCUCUUUCUUUAUCUGACUUCUUAAUGGCGAUAUUGCAUCACAUGGUGCUUUCUUUCUCAUGGUCUCAUCAGGUUACUCAACUCUAUAUCUCAUUCCACUCUAUAAAGUGUACAUCUGGGUUUCAGCAUCUGCAGGUGGUUUGACCGAGCAGAAGAAAAUGCUCCAUGCAGAUCAGACCAGUCUGACCUGUACAUCUCUCUGUAUCCACAGGAGUUCUCCUCUCCCGACUUCAGGAGUAACUCUGUGUCCAGUCGAACCCCCACCCCUCCAGGACGUUACUUGCCCCACAGCCCAAUUGACCGUGAGCUGUCUGUCUCCCCCAGACGCAGGUAAUAACACUCUCACUCUUCUACAGAUCUACCACGAUGUACAGUACAAAUUUAACCACUCUAACGUAUUUUGUUAUUGUGUAUUUUGAAUAUGUGAUUAUGACUUACUACAAACAGGCUUAGGGUAAAAUAAACUCCUGUAGCAAUUCAGCGUAAUAUGUAAAAACGCCUAACACAGCACUUAGUUAACCAAAACAGAUGUGGUUGAUCUUGGAGCUACAAGUCAGACUAUUUUAGUGUGCAUUGGAGGAUUCAGCUGUCUUUAUCGAACAUUGACUUAAUCGGUUAGAAAUGUAGAUUGUACCUUACUCUGAUAGGGCUAUUUACUCAACGGCCAAAAAGAAAGUAGAGAUUCUUCAAACCGGUUCAACUGUUCCUUACAAAGCCUCUCAGGUCGUCUGUUUUUAGCCAUACUCAGUGUUCCUCCCUCCUGGAAAGGUUGGAGUGUGUCUGUGUGCAGUUCUUAAGGAGCAUUUCUGUUCUGCUGGGUCUCCUCUGGGCCAGUAAUGUAACGUGUCAGAAUAUGGCAUCAGACCCAGCCACCUCAGGCUCUUGCUCUUAUCCCCCAAAAUGUCUUAUUUCACUUCUUCUCCUAAUUGGACCCCCACUCUGUAGUCCCCAGCCUUCACACCAAGCCUCUCCCCCCUCUGACUCAGCCAAUCACAGGUUUAGAGAAACUCCCUGAGAUGCCUCUUUUCUCUCCAGGCCAAUGAGUGGUAGCCGAAAGGCACACCUUUCAGUCCGAAACUCACUCUUCUCCUGUGUCUGUCUGGUGUUGAAUAGGUGUGUGCUUGUGUUUUUGUGUGUUUGCUGGGUUAUCACAGCUGAGGAUAGACGUGCAGCCAAGAACAACUCUUACAUCCGAAAGCAAAGAUUAUCUUGUUGUAAAAUAAUUAUCCUCUUUGUUCCCGCUUUGUUUCUGAGGUGAGUUAUUUCUGACUUGUAUUGUAUUUGGUAAUGAGUUUAGGGACAACUGGCUUUAAUUAAUUAGUAUGGCUGUGUUUUUGAAUGAAGCAAUGCAAACAACACCAACAGCCCUAUUGUUCUCACAUUGGAGAAUGCUGUUGGAGCUGGGAGCAGUGAUAGCAUCUGUUUGACUGAGGCUUGUUUAAAGACCUGUAUUUUCACUAGAUGAAAAUCAGGGGUUCUCUGUGCCAAGUGUGGCUGUGGAAACAUGAAAAGCCCGCUUUUUCCAUGUACACAUUUCUAGAGUGGUUUCUUAAAAACAUUCAAACUGUUGUGGAGUCUUACAAAGUACUUACUUGAAAGCCAACUGACAAUAUUAUUUUCAAGAUACUGUGUGUUAUGUGUAGCCUAUUCUUUUCUUUUGAGUAUGCAUACAUACAGUAUAUUAUGAUAUAGUUUAGGCCAGUUAUGGCUGUUUUCAUAAUAGAUUUCCCUCAAUCUGUAUCUUUCUGCCAUUCACUGUUCUGACGUUAUGUUGUUUGCUUUGCUCCCAUGCUUUUGUGCUCUUAGUACAUUUGACCCAGUAUUUCCAUUGGUUUGAAGAUGUAAUGUCAAUAAGGUUUGUGAAUGAGGGGAAAAGGGAAAUGGAUUGAGCGGGUGGAGUGGAGCAUGAUGAAGACUUGGAGGGUGUGUUUGGGAGUCUGUUUUCAAUUUGAACCAUGUUCUGUAAUGCAAAGGAAAGGGUCUGAGCAUUGGGUUCACUUGGAGAUUUGUCUCAUCGUUUUGCAAUCUCCUGUUUCAGCCGUGUUACAUCAGUGGGAAGUAAGUUCCAAAUGCUGAUGAAAGGCAGGCACGAACUCCAGUCCACAUGAAUGCAUGCACAGGCAUACGCAUGUAUCUCUACAUUUCCAUAGUGCCUCAAACAGGAUUAAUGUGAAUGAUUAUUAUUUUCCAUGGUAUUGUCUUAGAUUAGAUCAGCACAGGUGGAAUUUAUACAGUCAGUAUAACACAGAGGGAGAACCAGCUGAUGGGAGUUGGCAGACUUUUACUGACUGCUUAGCAGGGAUGUUCUGCUCAAUUGGCUGCAGGUGAAUGGCAACACACCGCACCUGUGGACUGAGGGUCUGUUUGACCGGUUUUCACACAUAACCUGACUGACUGAAAGGCUCCCUCCAGGCAAACAAUGUUGACUACAGUAUUCUGUGUGUGUGUGUGUGUGUCUGUGCAUGGGUCCGUGUGUACAUUUGACUGUCAUCUUUCUGUCCGUUGUUUUUCUCUGAGUUGUUGAUAGGGUAGGAAAGUAUAACAAUGGCAACCACACACGGUUACUAUGGAAUGAACAAUAAAGUGAACCACUUUUAUAUUCCACCACCCCUGUGGCUAAGAAUGUACUGCUCAUAAAUCUGUAAGUGCAGUGCUACUAUGCUGCCUGCUAAUCUGCUAAUUAGCUAGGCAGCAGAGAAACUACCCAGAGGUGUCAACUCUCUUAAGACUAUGUCCCACCACAAGCACUCCCAUUUGUCCAAUAUGGCCACAAACCAUGCAUUGGCUUAAGUUCCCUCAUAAGUUAUCUUGCCUCAAAGCUAAAAGGUGGCCAUUGGCUCUAGUGGGUCAUAAAUGUAAUGAUGGCGUGAGAGAGGGGUAGUGGUACAUGAUAGAAAUGUCACGUCUCUGUGACUUUCCAUCCUGGAAUGCCUGGAGUAAAACAGCAGGAUUACCCACUUUAUUUGGCCAAUCAUGGCUGCUGUGGUGGUGGGUAUCUGGAAAGCUUUAGCCACAGUUCUACUUUAGAAAGCCAAUGUAAUUUUUUUUCUAGUAAAGGCAGCCAUAAGCUGGAAUGUCUUCACCUUAAUACCCAAACACUACACCAAUAAUGUAUGCUACUUAGUUGAUAACAUGGUACCGUCUACUCUACACUCUACGCAGGCAUUUUCAUUAUGUCUUCUUUACCUUGCCCGCAGGACAUUUUCAGACUAGAGCAGUUGCUGCUGUAAGUGGAUAGCAAGGUGAUCCAGUUCAGUUGUGAGUGUUUGGGCUGAGAUUGGAGGCUGGCUUUGGUGACUUGCCUGGGGGCUUUGGGCUAGAAGGUCAGUCACAAAGCUGACUGCUGCCCCUGUCUUAAUUUCCUCUGGAUUCUCUCAAACUAACCCCACAUAAGUCCCCCACAAUGUACACAUCGCCUUGAACAUAUAUGGACAAAUUAUUACACCAUCGACCGUACACGGAAUGUACAUAUGUACAGUACAUAGAUAGAACAUAGAUUGUACAUGGAAUGUAUAUAGAUAUGUAUUGACUGAACAGUCUAUUUAUCUGAAUGGUUACGUAAUAGGUAAUAUCUAUAUCCCCUCUCUUUCUCUCCCACAGCAGUUCCAGCUCGGACUUUGCCAUGCAGAGGUUUGACCGGGAUUCAGAGGUCUACAAGAUGAUCCAGGAGAACAAGGAGUCUCGCACGGCCCCUCGACAGUCCAACACCUUCCGCAUGCUGCAGGAGGUUCUGGAGUCUGAUGAGAAGGGUGAGCAGAGCCUCCCAUAAACACACUCAUCUUCACUCUCUCUCUCUGUGUCACACUGCUGUUCUGUUCGCAUCUAAUAAACAGCUGUGUAGGAUGGACUGUCCCGUUUUAAACCUAUUUGAUGGGUCAACUGGAUAUCAACUCUGAGGUAGAUAGAGGUUAUUCGUGGAUAAUGGUUAUUAUGUCAAAUUCAACACAAUUUACCACAAUUUUACUCAAUUGUUUCAUCAAACUUGUGUUCUGUCUGGCUACUAAGACAGUUAUUAGAUAUCGAUAGAUACAUUUGGCCACCCCCUGGUCCAGAGCAGAAUUAAAGUCAGAUAAGGAAACUCUUGCAUGCAUACUCUGACAUAGAGCAUUGUUUUCAAUGGACAGCAGAGUGUGAGUGUUGUCGUUUUUACUUUUACAAGCGGAGAUGGUAAUAAUAGUUUUAUGAAGUGAUAACGACCAGCAUGUGUCACUGGUGUCAUGAAGUAUGUCCCCCGGAUCAUAAACUGGUGGUGUUCAGACAAACAGUGUCUCCUACGGGAGGACAGUGUGUACAUGCAAAACCAUCUGCUGUUGGCUCUGAAUGACUCUGCUCUCCUCUGUUUGUCUCUGGUUUGUUCUAUGCAGAAGCAGUUGUGCGGUUCCCAGGGCUCUCCCCCAAACCCACCCCUUCCAAACCCACAUCACCCGGGGUCGGAAUCCCCAAGUACCACACCUGUGAGAAGUGUGGCACCAGCAUUGUGUAAGAGUCUAUGACACGUCACUUCAUGUCACAUGCUGUCUCCAUGUCCACAGGGGUAAUUGUGACAUGUACUCUCUGUCCACAGGGGUAAUUGUGACAUGUUCUCUCUGUCCACAGGGGUAAUUGUGACAUGUUCUCUCUGUCCACAGGGGUAAUUGUGACAUGUUCUCUCUGUCCACAGGGGUAAUUGUGACAUGUUCUCUCUGUCCACAGGGGUAAUUGUGACAUGUUCUCUCUGUCCACAGGGGUAAUUGUGACAUGUUCUCUCUGUCCACAGGGGUAAUUGUGACAUGUUCUCUCUGUCCACAGGGGUAAUUGUGACAUGUUCUCUCUGUCCACAGGGGUAAUUGCGUAACAGAUGACAAAUAAUAAGUAAUAAUAAGCUGCUGACAAAUACAAGCCCUGACAAUGAUACCUUGCCCUAAGGUGCAGGUUAUUCCUCAUAAAUACAGAGGAGCUGAAUUAAUAAGCCUUCCUACAGUGUUUGUGUACGUAAUGUACAAAGAUUAAAAUAUGCAGGAACAAUGUUUGUGUUGAGUAUGACUGUGUCCAUCUGUCUGCAGUACACAGGCGGUGCGCAUCAUGGACGACCGCUUCCGCCACCCAGAGUGCUACACCUGUGCUACACCAGAGUGCGGUCUCAACCUGAAGAUGCGAGGUCACUUCUGGGUGGGAGAGGAGAUGUUCUGUGAGAAGCAUGCCCGUGAGAAUUACCAGGGCCUUGGCACUGCCCCCCGUGCCACCAUCUCACCCCACCACUGA